CGUUCAAACCAAAAAAUCUCCGUUCACAACGUGGACUCUCAGAAAUCGAUCGGAGGCAAAAUGGCUACGAUUAGCGACUGUACCGUUCUCACUUUUGUGGAACAUGUGGAGGACCGAAGGGAUUCAAUCCAGAGCGUGUCUCAACAUGUUCGACUCUUCAAGGACAAAGAACAACCAGCCGUAUUUUUCAACAAAAUCUCCACCGAAAACUUGUGCCUCAUACUGACUCUGAUGAUAAUCGGAGCAUCUUUUGUUGCGUUGAUUGACUUCCCGCAAUAUUGUAUCGAAUUAGCCAUUGUUUUUCAUAUCUUCCAAACGCUUUCAUGCUUGGCUAUUCGUUAUCAUGUGGAAAACAUGCUCAUUUGGUUAAGACACGUUGAAAUAGUAUUAUGGUCAACUUGUCUACUCUUCUCAGGAGCAAAUCUUAUUGCACAAUCAAUAUAUCCCAAUACAACGCCUCUCUAUAUUGCAUAUCUCUUUUUUGGAAUAUCUAUUGCUGGAUUGUAUAAAGCGUUUUUGGUGAGAAGAUUCUACCGCUGGCUCUUGGUUUCACAUAAUGCAUUGAUUAAUGGACAACUGGACAUCCAAUAAGCAUAAUUAUUUUUAAUUGAUUAUUUUAUAAGUUGGCAAUUUAUUUAUUUAUUCAUUUAUUUGUGAAAUUAUUACCAAUAAAAUUGAGUAAUGUUUUG